GGCCGCUCCGCCACAGCACACAGGAGGCUCUCCCUGUGGCUCGGGCUCAGUCCGCUGUAGCGCUGCCGCUGGAGGGAUGUGACCCCGGAACAGGACGCCUUCUUCAACAACACACCAUUCAAACACGCACACAAGAAAGAAAAGCUGGACCAGGAGGGAGCCACAGGAGCAGAGGGGAUGAACCGCGAGGAGGCCCCGGGGAAGUCUCCUGAAGACAUGUACAUCCAACAGAAAGUGCGGGUCCUUCUCAUGCUCAAGAAAAUGGGAUCAAAUCUCACGCCGAAUGAAGAGGCUUUCCUCCGAAACUAUGCCGGGGUGGUCCACAGUCAGAUGAGUCAACUACCGCAGCACAACAUCGACCAAGGUGCGGAGGAUGUGGUAAUGGCGUUCUCGCGGUCAGAGACAGAGGAUCGCCGGCAGUGACCCAGGCCCUCCUUGAUGAGCUGCACUGCACCACACUGCGCCCUGCCCCACUCUGCCCCCUAGUGGUCUACUCACACCAAAUUCCACCAACACCACACCAUGAGCUCAGGAGAGAACCAGGAGAAGCCCAUGGGGGAGCAGAAGAGGGUGGGAUCAGACUCCUCCCCAGCCCCCUCCAUAGGCCUCCUCACACGGGACACACAAGUACAGGACAUGCACUCACACGGGACACUGUGGGGUGAUGGGCGUCUGCUGGUUUAAGUCUGUUUUUAGUGUUUUUUAAUUUUGUGUGGGGUGGGACGAGUUUUUUUUUUUUUUUUUAUUUUUUUUGUGUGUGUUGAGACAGUGUUAAUUACUGGUCACUGGAGAAACAAUUGGCCAGAUUAAAGCAAUGAUCAAAAAGGUCAGGGGAGAGAUUUUCAACUAUUUUCUGUGUCAUUUAUUCUUAAUUUGUUUUCUAUCAUAUUGGGGCCUCAUUUGUAAAUACUGCACACGAGAAGGGAUGAGUACUUGACUAGUAAAUGUCUGGCCUUUCUUUUUUGGUUUACCACUGCUGUUGUGUGUCUCCUGGAUUACAUUGGUUUGCAUAUUGAUUUGGCUGGAUAUCAGGUGUCACCUGAUUCAAUACUUUCUACAGCUCCUUAAAACGGCAACAUUAAAAUAAGACUUUGUAAUGUAUUAAGUCAUAUUUAAUUUAAACUAGAAUGUGUAGAAAGGGUUUAGGGUCACGUACUAAUUGUGAUAAACCACUGUUUCCAUGGUAACAGUGGCCUAGUUUCGUUGAUUUCCCAAUUGAUAAAGUGACUAGUACUCUCCCUCAGACUCACCUGUGCCCAGAGAGGUUUGCAUACAUUUGAAAAUCGUCUUAUCAAAAUCAUCAACUCGUAUUUUAUGAAUGGAAGUUGCCGCACGUUAUUCCUACUUGACAUACCUUGAAUAAAUAGGUCUAUAGUCUUUUAAGAAUAUUGACCAAUGUACCUGUUUUACUAGUCUAAUUAAUUAAUCACACAUUUUAUCACAAAAUCCACACUACAGGAAGGAUCUUUUCUAUUUAUUGUGUUCCUUCUGCAAAUUCAAUAUGUUUUUGCAGAAGAUGUGAUUUGACUCACGACAAUUGUAGUUUUGUAAAUGAGGCCCCUAAUUCUUCUGCUGCUUUAUUUCAAGUGCAACAAAGCUUUUCAUUUGAGAAGCACAAGAAGUGAACACUAUCCGACAUAAUCACCGAAACAAAAUCUCCCCUAUAAUUUAAACGCUUUGUGUUUUGUGAAUUCUUUUCAUCUGUAUAAAUGAUUAGAGAAUACAACAUUGAAUUGAUUGUGCCAACAUUGAUUCUUUUUUAUAUCUGUAAAGACGAAACUCAAAAUUGCGCAAAACGUUUUGAGUUUUUGUAAUUUAUUGUUUUUCCCUUUUGUAGAUAGUGGCAGUUCAUCAGCAGUGGUUUUUACAGUCAUUUAAAUCGUCGUUUUUAAGUACUACCUUUUAACUUAACCUGAGUUCAAACAUACAAAUAUGUGCUGUACUGUAUCUCUUGCACUAUUAUCAAUGGGAUAUUCAUAUUCUUGGACAUACAUUUUGACAUUAAGCACACAGAUUUUAUGUUUGAUUCAACUUCUAGCAGUAAUUGUAACUCAUGCAAUUUCAAGUUAUUAAGUUUGACCCAACUGCAGUUAUUAAAUAUAGACUUUGCCUUUUAUUUCCUAGUGACAUGCUACCAAUGUGCAGUUUGUUAACUUGUAUAACUUAAAAUAAUUGUUUCAAAGCAUGUCUCCCUGCUUGUUAAUUAAAAUCCAUUACCAUUAUUUGUAUGUUUUUGUGGACGCUGUAUCUUUAAAAAUAAUUUCGUAAAAGUGUCAUGUAUGGUUGGCAAUAACUCCUUACUGAAUGUCAUUGUUGUGGCAAAGUAAACGCCAACUGCUCCUCAUACGAUUUUGUUUACUCUGUGUUAAAACAUUCUUUAUUUGUCUAUGCAUAUUUCUUUAAAAUGUGUCUUAUUGUAUAUUUUAUCAGGGUUGUUUCAGCCUUGUUCAAUUUGUGUAUGAACGAAUGUGAGAAUGUGGUAUUUUUGAUCAUGAGUUGUUUAGAUUUUUGGCAUGCUGUGGACUGUGUGUUUUUACUGUUUUGGCCCGUCUAAAACAUUUUUGGUUGAUCUGUGUUGCCUUUGUUUUUUAUUUUUGGAAUAGUUGGUUCAUUUUUGUACAGCUGCUGAACAUGUUGUGACUUAAUGCUUCCAAAUCCUAUACCAACUGAACCAUUAAACAGAUUUUAAACGUGAAA